GCCGGUGUCGGGGCGGUCGCUGGGGGGGCUGCAGCGGCCGGUGCCCCCCGGGGCUGCCUGGUGUGCGGGGCAGGGGGUGGCACGUCCCCAGCCGCGCCGUGCCCUGGCCGUGGGGCCUGUGCGAGCCGCUUUUCCCGGGCCUGCAGCGCCGUUCGCCUCGUCCGCCCUGGCGUCCUGCUUCUCCUUCCCUGCUCCCGCUAACCGCUCGGGCCCUCUGCCCUUCCUCUGGAAACCUUUGUGGAAUAAUCCGGCCCUCAGUGUCUCCGGUGAAACCGGCGCCUCCCCGUGCCAGGCUUGGCCUGCCAGGCUUCCCGCUCGGGACGCCAGGCCCCGGCUGCCAUCCCGGUGGUGCUGGGGCAGGGCUCACGGCACGAGGCCCUGGCAGGCCCUCCCCUCAUGGCUGCUUCCAAGUGACGUGGGACGCAGCUCCGAGGGCCAGCCGUGGGUCUGCCGUGGGGGUUGUUCCAUCAGUGGGGAAAGGAAAGGCCGAGAGCCUUGCAGGAGGGAGAAAGCGCAUGCUGUAAAUUUGUGCUCCCGCUUCUCCAGACCAGUACUGGGGUGUUUUCUGUCUCUGCCCCGGUUUUCAGAGGAGCUGAAAAAGUAAUUGCUAAUGCCCUUCAGGUACAAUGAAUUGCUGUGCUGGAAAGCAGACGCUAGAAACUGUUCCACUGAAUUUGUUUUGGGGCCAACGCUCUGUUCACCUUUACCUGCAUGGGGUCCCUGGAAGGUGGGCACCCGUGACAAGUACCUGGGUGUGGUGCAACCAUGAGCAUCCUUUCAAAAAGUGAUGCAAGAUGCUUAUCUUGUCCUCAGAGUUAAUCAUAGCUGAGAGUAUAAGCAUCAACUUUGUAUUUUACUGAAACAAACCCAAGCCUAACUCUUUGGCGUAGAUGCUCCCUCAUUCAGUUAAAUUCUGAGAUUUUAAUUCUGUUGUCAAAAUAAUGUACAGUAAUGAAACACAGAAAAGGCAAACAUCUGUCAUACAUUAAUAUUCUAUAUGCAGCAUUUGCGCUAUGUUUUUGAUAUUGAUAUCCCACGUGCUGAGCAUCUAAGGUAAGACACUUUCCAUUUGGGACCUGGCCGCCCCCAUACUGAUGGCAGGGCGAGAGUACUAUAUAGCACGGCUGCUGCAAUCCUUUCCUCCCAAGCUGGAACGGCUCAGGGAAAAUGGGGUGCUCGGGCAAGUGAGGUCAUCACAUCAGCAGUACUUUUGUUCCAUUUUCCUGGUGCAGGGCAGCUUAGUAAUGGUCAUAGGAUAGAAGGAGGUCAGACAGUAUGAUAUUUACUCUUUCUUUUUUAUCUCUUUAGGAUUAUACUUUUUUUCCUACUUUUUAGGGCAAUAUGGGCUUGUUUUCAUAUGCACACCAGUCUAGUUGCUGUAAUGGUACCCUUCGCAUCAGUAGUCAAACUAAAGUAGCUGAAAAUAUUUGUGGUUUGGACAAAAAUCCUGGUGACAAGGAGGCACGAUACCUAAUGGUAUUUACAAAUACCGUGGAGCUGAUCUUCUUUGUCACAGUAUAGCUUUACCAGACCUGGUGGCAAGACAGCUUUGUUCUGUGGUAGAGAAACCACAUCCCAUAACUAAGGCAGAGCCUCAAUGUAAUUGUAUGUCGGACAAAAGGCAUCAUAAAAAUAAGCCUAAUAUCCUGCCCACGCGUAAUUAUACUCCUCUGACUUUGCUGCAUACUGUAGUUUGAAGAGUGCGAGACUGUAAAUACAUACAAGAAUAUGUUUUCGAAUUAGUCUCUCUGGCGUGCUCAGCGUACCGUAUGAACAGCUCAGCGUACAGACCCUGAGCUGGGCACUGCGGGCCAGUGGCAUUUCUUCUGUGUGUGAGUUGUGUACCAUCUGCUCUUCUUGUCCUUAGUGAAUAAUAAUUACAAAAAUAUCUGGUGAUUCUCUAGAGAAAGCAAACUGUGUCAUCAAAUGAUAAAAGUGCUGUGCUUAGUGUACUGUAUUUUGAGCUGUAUUUAGCAGUGGCACUGGCUCACCUUGAGUACUGUGUGCAGUUCUGGGCCCCACAGUUAAAGGAGGAUGUGAAGGUCCCCGAAUGAGUCCUGAGUAUGGGCUUGUCCAGUUUGGAGAAAGGAGGCUGAGGGUGACCUCGUUGCUCUCCACAGCUUCCUGAGCAGGGGAAGCGCAGAGGGAGGUGCCAACCUCUCCUCCCUGGUACCCAGUGACAGGGCACGUGGGCAUGGAUCAAAGCUGUGCCGGGGGAGGUUUAGACUGGACAUUAGGAAAUGUUUCUUUACCAAGAGCGUGUCAGACACUGCAACAGGCUUCCCAGAGGGGCGGUCGAUGCCCCAAGCCUGUCGGUGUUUCAGAGGCAUUUGCACGAUGCCCUUAACAACGUGCUUUAACUUCAGGUCAGCCCUGGAGCGGUCAGGCAGUUGGACCGGAUGAUUGUUGUAGGCCCCUUCCAACUGAAAUAUUCUAUUCCAUUCCGUUCUGUUCCAUUCCAUUGUAAAAAAUGCUAACCGUGAUAGCUCCAGGAGGGAAACGUGUUGGUUACUCUGUGUGUGCUCUGCACGGGGACGUUACUGCUGGGAGACAAACAGAGCAGGGACAGCAAGCGCACAUCUUUGCUGGAGCGGUCAGACAGAAUGGCUCCAGUGAACCCGCCAAAGGACAAGAAGCACGAGAGGGCACAUGAGCAUUGGCCGGAAGAGGCAAAAUCAGCUGGGAAGAGGAAAGCGGACUACGGGGAGCUAGGGAAUGAGCCACCAGCAAAGAGGUUGUUUGUGAGAAAAACAUCCAAACCCCCAGAGAAAAUCGGUUGGAGUGGCGGUGCGUCCGUGGUGAGGAACAGCAGAGCCCUUUUCCAUCAGCUGGAGCGGCAGUGCAGCAUCGUUCAUUAUGUCUACCAGAACAUGCUGGGAGGCUCCAUUCGGGCACAGCUCAGGCAGUGUCUGCAGCUGCCCUUUCUGCGCUCUCUUGCCUCAUACCGCCUCUUUCGAACGGCAAGUCCCUUUGACAGGAGAGUGACAUGCCUGGAAUGGCAUCCAACGCACCCCAGUACUGUAGCUGUUGGCUCCAAAGGUGGAGACAUCAUCCUUUGGGACUACGAAGUACUUACUAAAACCUGCUUCAUCAAAGGGAAAGGGCCAGGAGAUUCUCUCGGAGACAUCAAGUUCAGCCCUUAUGAGGCAAUGAAGCUCUAUGUGGCAUCAGGGGAUGGCACCCUAAGCCUGCAGGACCUUGAGGGCAGAGCGGUGCAGGUGAUCUCCCGUGCCCCGGACUGUGGCCAUGAGUACCACAAUGUUUGCUGCUGGUACUGCAGUGUCGAUGUCUCCGCAAGCUGCCGUGCGGUGGUGACGGGUGAUAACGUGGGGAACGUGGUCCUUCUCAGCACUUCUGGUGAAGAGAUUUGGAAGCUGAAAUUGCACAAGAAGAAAGUGACUCAUGUGGAGUUUAACUCCCGAUGUGAGUGGUUGUUGGCCACAGCGUCUGUGGAUCAGACAGUCAAAAUUUGGGACCUCAGAAACAUGAAAAACAAAAUGGAUUUUCUUCAUGUGCUUCCUCAUGACAAACCUGUCAAUGCAGCUUACUUCAGCCCAACAGAUGGUGCCAAGCUCCUGAGCACAGACCAGCACAGUGAAAUCAGGGUUUACUCAUCUUCAGACUGGACCAAGCCACAGCACCUGAUCCCACAUCCCCACCGGCAGUUUCAGCACCUCACACCUAUUAAGGCUACGUGGCAUCCUCGCUAUGACCUCAUUGUAGCAGGUCGCUACCCAGACCCUAAGUUCCCAGGGUACACGGUGAACGAGCUACGAACCGUUGAUGUAUUCGAUGGAAACACUGGGGAGAUGGUUUGUCAGCUCCAUGAUCCAAAUGCUUCUGGUAUCAUCUCGCUCAAUAAAUUUAACCCUAUGGGAGACACGCUGGCUUCUGGCAUGGGCUUUAAUAUUCUGAUCUGGAGCCGGAAGGAGAUGGUGGCCAAGAAGCAAGAACAUCUUUUGAAAGCCAUGACAGAACAGGGGAUUGGAAGCUGGAGUUGGUCCAGACGUGGAGGGCAGAGGCAAGCAAACCCUGGGACAAGCAAACUCAAAGCUAACUUACUGUCUUGGGAGCUGGAGGAGACGAGAACAAAAAGCAGUAAUUCUAAAUCACAGGGAAGGAAGCGAAAAGGGAAGGAUCUAGAGAACUGAUUUAGCUUUUUUAUCCUUUCUGGAUCACAGGGUACAAAUUCAGUGUUGGCGAUGGGCAGUGUAAGCCGUGCAGGGCAUUAGACUUCUUUGUCCUUCCUCCCUGGAUCUGAUAUUCCUUCCCUGAUUCUCUUUGCUUUCCCUUCUAGCGAGUUGUGUCAGUACUCAGUUCUUCCUCCAAGUGGAGUUACCACCCAUUUUCUGAGGCACUAGGAAAACUUCAAAGAUAUUCGCAGACCGUGCUGAAGUUACUGCUUCCAGCCUGCCACAUCUGCUUGUCACCACUUGUCAGAGGUUGCCGUCUCCUGUAGCUGGCUGCAGAGCAGCUCGCGACAGGGUCCCCAGCCCGUUGUAGUCACACUGAGCUGAGAAACGCUUUGCUGACAAGGGUAAUGUCCUGGAAAGGUUGAAUGUCACAGGGGCGAUGGGUAGCUUGGGUAGCCUAGGGAACACCAGCCUCUCCCAUAUGCAAGCUACUUGGAAAACAUGUGUCUGUCAGGACCGCAGGCUUGGCCUGUUAACUAGAUCACCAAGAACAUGAUGCUGUCGGAGCUCUUUACCUGCUGCACAGGCUGCCAGGGCAGCGUGGAGCUGGGAACCUGCCUCUAGUUUCUGUUUUCAGAGCUCUAGGCUUUUUCUUGUCACUGGUCAGGUAAUUUUUUCACCCAUGCCUGCGAGCUUCAGGAUGUUGGCUAAAAGUGUUGUAAAAAGCAGCGAUGAGGAAUUCCUUCCGAACACCCCUGCUCAGAGCCAAAUCUCAAGACUGCUGUUAAACUAAAAAGUUUUGCUUUUUCUAGUUUGUUUACAAGGCUGCCUGGGGCCUUGCUGCUGUCCCAGAGGUUGGUGGAUAGGACAGGCUCCAGGCCUGCUUGGAUUUUCCAUGUUCACUUUUAUAGUUUCGCAGUAUUGAUAUUAAAUAAAGUUUUGUACUAAACUAAA